UCAUUGCAGAGGUGCCGUGCCAGUUUGCAGCCCCGUGGGCAGCGGGCCUUGGUAGAGUGGCCUGGGCGUCGGGCCCCCAGUGGGACGGGGGCCUCAGGGAAAUCUCAAGUACCCUCGAGGCGCUCAGCCGGUGCGUGGAAGUGGUGUCGAGCGCCUCGUGGUUGCGGCCGCAGUGGUUCGGUGGCAGUGCCACCAGGUUGCGCAGGCGCGCGGUAGUUAACGUUGCGGCAUGGGCCCGCGAUGCCGUCUACACCUUGGUGGGGCACGCGGCUGGCGCCACCGAGGUCAACCCUGGCGCCGCGGAGCGGUUCCUUCCGGGUUUCUUCCAGGUGCGAAAACGCUGUGACGUGAGGCUGGCAGACCCGACCACGGGGGCCACGAUGCCACCCUCGGAGAUGGUUGAGGCCGUCCAACGCGAUCUUUUCGCGCGCGAUAGGAACGAUUUUGAGGAGGACCCGGAGGCCGCGGUGGCCAUGGAGAGACAGGUUGCCAGGAUCAGGAAAGCGGGUGCCCUGGAGGGCGCGCCUGCUCCGUCGCCCCCGUAUCCGGACACGGAAGUGAUCGCUGUGCUGGAG